ACAACAGAAGCGCCUACGACUGAGGCCCCUACAACGGAAGCUCCUACGACUGAGGCCCCUACAACGGAGGCUCCUACGACUGAGGCCCCUACAACAGAAGGCCCUACGACUGAGGCCCCUACAACAGAAACUCCUACGACUGAGGCCCCUACAACAGAAGCUCCUACGACUGAGGCCCCUACAACAGAAGCCCUUACGACUGAGGUCCCCACAACAGAAGCCCCUACGACUGAGGCCCCUACAACAGAAGCCCCUACGCCGACUGAGUGUGACUACGUGGAGGAUGGCGUUUGUAUCCAGAGUUGCACUAGAGGAGGCUGCUCGAUGAAAUGUUUCAACUCGGAUGAAUAUCAUUCGUGUGAACAGAGUUGUACAGGUGGAAAUUGUGACCUGACAUGUGAGGCCCCCACAAAAUGUGAAUUCAGCUGUACCAGUGGUGACUGCGCUUCAGUCAUCUGUAAGGCUGACACUUGUGAUCAGAGCUGUACCGGUGGAGGAUGCGGUCUGGAAUGCCACGGAACCGCAUGUGAACAGAGAUGUACCAGAGGCAACUGUGCACUGCAGUGUUCGAGUGAGGCAGAGACGUGCGAGCAAACAUGUACAUUGAACAAAGACGGGUGCACCAUAGAGUAUGUCGAUUUUUCAGCAGAAGCUCCUACAACAGAAGCUCCUACAACAGAAGCUCCUACAACAGAAGCUCCUACAACAGAAGCUCCUACAACAGAAGCUCCUACAACAGAAGCUCCUACAACAGAAAUUUGCGGUGUAGUGAGGAGUGGUGUAGUGAGGCAAAAAUAUUUCAAGGUUAUUGAACCAGCUCCAACGUUUUCUCAGGUGGAAAUUGUGACCUGA